GAAGACGAGCAAAACAUUUUCCACCGGCUCCUUCUCUUUGUCCAUCCUCCUCCUUGUAGAAGCAACAUCCCCAGCAACACCAUGGCCAAUGUUGCCGACACAAGACUCUACGACAUUCUUGGAGUGUCUCCGUCCGCAACUGAAAAUGAGCUCAAAAAGGCAUACCGGAAACUGGCAAAAGAGUAUCACCCUGACAAGAACCCAAACGCUGGUGACAAGUUUAAAGAAAUCAGCUUUGCAUACGAUGUGCUCACUAACCCUGAGAAGAAGGAACUGUACGACCGGUAUGGAGAGCAGGGGCUGCGGGAAGGAGGCGGGGGCGGUCCCGGGAUGGACGACAUCUUUUCCCACAUCUUCGGUGGCGGUCUCUUCGGCUUCAUGGGCGGCCAGGCGGGCCGCUCCAGAAACGGCGGUCGGAGGAGAGGCGAGGACAUGGUCCAUCCGCUCAAGGUCUCACUGGACGACCUUUACAAUGGGAAAACAACAAAACUACAACUCAGCAAGAACGUCCUGUGUAGUUCCUGUAAUGGACAAGGAGGCAAGACGGGCGCUGUACAGAAAUGCACGGCCUGCAGGGGGCGGGGCAUGCGCAUCAUGAUCAGACAGCUGGCUCCAGGCAUGGUCCAACAGAUGCAGUCUGUGUGUACCGAUUGUAACGGAGAAGGUGAAGUCAUCAACGAGAAAGACCGCUGUAAAAAAUGUGAAGGUAAAAAAGUGGUAAAGGAGGUGAAAAUCCUGGAGGUCCACGUAGACAAAGGCAUGAGGCACGGGCAGAAAAUCACUUUUGGAGGAGAAGCCGACCAGGCGCCGGGGGUGGAGCCUGGAGACAUAGUUCUAGUUCUGCAGGAAAAGGACAACGAGACAUUUAGACGAGAAGGAAACGACCUCUAUAUGACCCAUAAGAUCGGCCUGGUGGAGGCGCUGUGCGGCUUCCAGUUCAUGCUGAAGCAUUUAGAUGGGAGACAGAUUGUUGUCAAGUAUCCUGCAGGAAAAGUCAUUGAACCAGGCUCGGUCAGGGUGGUGCGGGGAGAGGGCAUGCCACAGUACAGAAACCCGUUUGAGAAAGGAGACUUGUUCAUCAAGUUUGAUGUCCAGUUUCCUGAAAACAACUGGAUCAGCCCAGAGAAGCUGGUGGAGCUGGAGGACAUGCUGCCGUCGCGGUCGGAGCCCCCCAUCAUCACUGGGGAAACGGAGGAGGUGGACCUGCAAGACUACGACGCCAGCCAGGGCUCGUCGUCCGGCGGCCGCAGGGAGGCGUACAACGACAGCUCAGACGACGAGAGCGGCCACCACGGGCAGGGCGUGCAAUGUGCCCACCAGUAAUCUCCAUCCGGCUUCUCAGACAUACACACAUACGUAUAUAUAUAUAAAAAAAA